CUCUCUCUGUCUUUUUUUAAAACAAUGUCACUACGAAAUAUUAUAAAGCCAUUUUUUAGAGUUCCCUUAUAUAGAAAUCGGUUUGUUUUAUCUUCGUCAUUCAAUACCACUCUCUCCAGACAACAAGCAUUCCGUUAUUACUCAAAACCUACCUUGUCAGGACAACAACAAGUAGCAGAAACUACAACGAAACCUGUUGCAGAAGGAAAACUGAAGCAAUUGGCCAAAAAAUAUGGACCUGCAGGUGUUCUUGUUUAUCUCGGUAUUGGUGCUGUUGACCUCGGAUUCACUUUUGCAGCUAUUCAAUUACUUGGAUCUGACAAGGUGAAACUUUUAGAAAAGGGAAUCAAGGAUACAUACCAGGAAACAAAGGAACGUUUCGGUUUCAAAACAACCACAACUACUGUAAAUAAGACGGAACAACAUGUAGAGACUAACGAUGUCAGCAACAACAACAACAACAACAACAACAAUAAGAUGGAUUCAACUGAUGACGAACAAGCUUCCUUGACAUCUAUCUUUUUAUUAGCUUAUGGAAUUCACAAGACUUUACUAUUACCUGUUCGAUUGGCCAUUACAACUGCGAUCACUCCUGCUGUUGUACGCAAGAUUCAAGCUUGGGGUUGGGCUAAAUAUGCUCCUCGGCUACUGGGUGGUACUUCUGUUUCUACUGUUGCUUCAUCAAAGAGGGUCUAGGACAACUAGUAUUCUUUUUUUUUUUUUUUUGUACACCCAUUAUUAUAGAAUAUUUAAUUCUCUUCUCAUAUUACCAUCAUACCAACUUGUUUUAUUAUUGUAUUUAUUUAUCAUAUAUAUUUAUUACUAUCAUCAUCACACCCUUCUCUUAGUAUCAUAUUUCAAGUCAUC